CGGUCGGUGACGAAUGCAAAAGCCUCAUGAAAGCUUCACGAAUGCAAACACGCUCGCCGUUUUCUCUCGAAAAAUGGAGCCAUCUAUAAAUACCCUCCGGUCAAGAUCGGACGACCAAGAAAUUCGAUUAAUAAUUAUUAGUGAGUGAGAGGAAAUUACACGAACAAACAUACAGACCAAUGGAAACAACUAAAUCUAAAUCAGAAGAAAACGACGUCGUGACGAGGUACCUGAUAGUGAGGCCGGAGAAGGGAGGAGUCGGGGACUUGUUGAGGUACGCGGUGAGGAAUGACGUGGGCGGUGGGAUGGCGUUCUUGGAGAGCUCCGACGACGCCGUUUUGGGCGGCCUCGCGGCGGAUUAUAGGUGGAUUAUUGUCGUUUCGAUAAUUGUUCGGAAAAUCCUUGGUGUGCUUGGGAAGCCCAUGGAGUGGAGUGGCUACGUGGUGGACUUUGUUCUUAACCUCCUUUCCCAGAAUGGCAAUCUCUCUGGCUUGCUCUGGAACCUUCUCCGUGGAAAAGUAGUGAUACCGCAGAGGGGCACAGAGGAUUUUAUAAGUACGAUUGGGCAAUUAGAUGGGCGGAUAGAUCUCUACAAGGGUGAGAGCUUAGCAGAAGAAAUUAGAGCUUCUGUUUUUGCAGAGAGAGAAGGGGAAGUGGGAAUGGGGGACCGGGCUCUUAUGGACCUCUGCAUCAUGGCAUCCAAGUUAGCCUACGAGAAUGCCAAAGUUGUUAAGAAUAUUGUUAAUUAUCAUUGGAAGAUGCACUUUGUGGACUUCUACGACUGUUGGAAUGAUUUCCAAAAGGAAAGGUCAACCCAAGUGUUCAUUCUCUCCGACAAGCCUAAAGAUGCAAACUUUAUAUUGAUCAGUUUCCGGGGAACAGAACCUUUUGAUGCGGAUGAUUGGAGUACUGAUUUUGACUACUCUUGGUACGAGAUACCCAAACUUGGGAAGGUUCACAUGGGGUUCUUAGAAGCUUUAGGUUUAGGCAAUAGAAUCGACACUACCACAUUUAAAAAUUGCCUUCUAGGAAAUCACGGUAAAACUGAAUCCAACCUGGGACAAGGUGGGGCGGAUCAGUAUUCUGAGUCAGAGGGGCAAUCUACGGGUGAAAGGGAACUCCAACCAGCAAUGGUGGAAAUGACUGCAUACAAUGCUGUAAGAAGGAAGCUCAAGAGCUUACUCAAGGAGCAUAAGAACGCGAAAUUUGUAGUGACCGGGCACAGUUUAGGUGGGGCACUAGCCAUAUUGUUCCCAACAGUGCUGGUGCUGCAUGAGGAAACGGAACUAAUGCACAGGUUGUUGGGCGUCUACACAUACGGACAGCCCAGAAUUGGUAAUAGGAAGCUGGGAAGAUUCAUGGAAGCACAUUUGAAUAGUCUGGUUCCAAAGUACUUCAGGGUAGUCUACUGCAACGACCUUGUGCCCAGGUUGCCUUACGAUGACAAAACAUUCUUGUAUAAGCAUUUUGGGGUCUGCCUUUACUAUAACAGCUUAUACGUUGAACAGAAAGUAAAGGAGGAACCAAACAAGAACUUUUUUGGAUUGAGAUCUGCGGCAGCUCUGCAUCUGAAUGCCAUUUGGGAGUUGAUCAGAAGUUUUAUCAUUGGCUAUGUGUAUGGACCGGAGUUUAAAGAAGGGUGGUUUUCCACAGUGGCAAGGCUGAUGGGGCUCAUACUUCCUGGUGUCUCUGCGCAUAGCCCCACAGAUUAUGUAAACUCCGUGAGGCUUGGGCGGGAACGCGGCGUUCAGAUGUCCUCUUUCUGAGCUUUUUAUCUCUCUCAAAUAAUGCAGGGUCAUAGUUGUGAUCUUACUUAGAUCUGGUUUGCACUUAUGCAGUUUGUACCCAUCAGGUCUUCCUUGUGUAAAUUUAUUUGUUUAUCUUCUUAAAUCGGUUUUUGUCUGUGUUGCUUUCGCGCAUUGGUUUUGUUGGUGAAAAACAUUGUAAAAUAAAAAAGACGUUUUAAGGAUCACACGCUUUUGGGUUUAUUCUACA